AUCCGGGCACCAUGGCGGCGGCGGCGGAGGAGCUGUCGGGGCGGCGGGGCCGCGGACCGGAGCCGGGCCCGGGGCCGGGCAGCCCUUUGGGGCGGGCGGCGUUCGAGGGCUCGCCCGGGGGAGGCCGCCGCGUCUUCAGCCCCGCCUCGGAGUUCCGCGAGUUCUCCCGAAGGCAGCUCCGCGACAUGGAGCGGCUCUUCCGACAGUAUGACGCGGGGAAAGAUGGUUUCAUUGACCUGAUGGAGCUGAAGCUGAUGAUGGAGAAGUUGGGGGCUCCACAGACGCACCUGGGCUUGAAGAACAUGAUCAAGGAAGUGGAUGAAGACCUGGACAGCAAGCUCAGCUUUCGGGAGUUCCUGCUGAUCUUCCGCAAGGCAGCGGCAGGAGAGCUGCAGGAGGACAGUGGGCUGCAUGCCCUGGCCCGGCUCUCAGAGAUCGAUGUCUCCACGGAGGGUGUGAAAGGUGCCAAGAACUUCUUUGAGGCCAAGGUACAAGCCAUCCAUGAUUCCAGCCGCUUCGAGGAGGAGAUCAAGGCAGAGCAGGAGGAGAAGAAGAAGCAGGCGGAGGAGCUGAAGCAGAGAAAAGCAGCGUUCAAGGAGCUCCAAUCCACCUUCAAGCAGUGACAGGGCACGGUGCCGGGCAGGACUGGUGUGUCGUGCCUGGAGCAGGGAAUGUCACGUGUGCCACGUGUUGACUGUAAUGGGAAUGGUGCCCGAGCUGUGUGCCUGUGACUGCCCAAAGGCCGGGCUCGGCACAGCGCCCGGCCCUCCCUUCCCCUGCUGUGCUGCCUGUAGGUGUUGUUCAUACCCCUCUACUGUCCCCUUGCCGAGCUGCUCUUGCCCAAGGGUUGACAGCACCGUGUCCCUGCCAGGGGCUGCUGCUGCCAGGGCAGCCGUGCUGGGGAUGCUGUCCCCACGCUGUUGUGUUGUGCAUGCACCGUGCAGGACCAUGGCACUCACCCCGGGGGGGUCACAGUGACUCGGUGCCUGUGGCCAUUGCUGAUGGAGGGGUCUGUGUGUGCAGUGCUGGGGGGUGGGAGCCUCCCAUGGUGUGCAGCCCCCUGAGGGCUGUGUCUCUGUUCUGAAGCUGUGUGCAAAGGCGGCUGCUGGCUAUCGAGGCUGUUCUGUGUUUUCAUGUUGUGUUUGGCCCAGGAGGGCGAGUGUUGUAGCCACACAUGGUUGGGUGAGCUCCCAUGUUGGCUGUACUGAUGUGUGUGUCCCAUGGUGUCCCCCUGGGUGGUUAUACGGGGGGGUGUUUGUGUGUUUUGUGUGUUUUGAUUUUUUAUUUUAAUCCCAAAUAAAUAUUAUAUUUCUUAA